AUGGUUUCUUCUCAAUUAACUGCUUUAAUUGAAAACAAGUCAUUCAAAUCCUCCAAGAACUAUUUCCAAUUCCCAAAAAACCCUCCCAAUGAAACAUCAGAUACUCUUGAAUUGGACUUUUCUGAUACAUUUGGUCCUCUCCCACUACCAGCUGGCAAUUCUGAAAUUCCAAGCGAUGACCCUGUGGUCAUUUACAGCCGUUCACAUUCUUUAGUGGGUCCCACGCCAUGUGUAAGCCACUUGCUGAAUCUAAGGAAGUUAACCAUAUGUGAAACGGAUGAAUCAUUGGAGGAUUUCAGUGAUGUGAUAGAUAAAGAGAUUGAAGAAGAAGAUUCUGAAAAUGGUUGUAAGUUGGAAUGUAGUGAGGAACUUGGAGACCUUGUGAAGACAGUGGACAAUGAUCUUGCAUUAAAAAUUUACAUAAAAGCUAGAGCCACCCCCAAAGUUGUUGCAGCUUUUGCUGAAAGAAAGGAGUUUGAUAAAAUUCUGAUUUACUCCAAGCAGGUUGGGUAUUCACCUGAUUAUCUCUUCCUUCUGCAAACAAUUCUUCGAUCAGAUCCUCAGGGUGCUGUAAAUUUUGCUUUAAUGAUGUCCCAAAUGGAAGGAGGUUGUCCUGUUGAUUACAACACCAUUACAGAUCUUUUCCUUCAGAGGAACUUGAUACGAGAGGCAACAGCUUUCCUCUUGGAUGUUCUUAAACCCAAUUUACCCGAACAUGCUCACCUCCAAACCAAGGUCCUUGAAAUCAACCUUGUAACAUUCCCUAAUGUUGCUGAUGCCAUAUUAACUAAUGGGAUGUUCAGUCACUAUGAUCGCCCUCGAAUUGCUCAACUUUGUGAGAAAGCAGGUCUUUAUGUCCGGGCCCUUCAGGUUGGUUAA